AUGCCGACCAUGUGGAUGUCAGACUCGCAAAAAAUCGGGGUCGCUUUUUGCUCCGGCGGCGGCUUCUUCCUCAUAGCCGGCGUGCUCCUCUUCUUUGACCGCGCCAUGCUUGCAAUGGGCAACAUCCUCUUCCUCAUCGGCCUAACCAUCAUCAUCGGCCCGCAAAAGACCGCCUUAUUCUUCGCGCGCAAGCAGAAGCUCAAGGGCACGGCGGCCUUCUUCGGCGGGCUGGCGCUGAUCCUGCUGCGCUGGCCUUUGAUCGGCUUCCUGGUCGAGCUGUACGGCAUCCUGGUGCUGUUUGGCGACUUCCUGGGCACCAUCGCCACCUUCGCGCGCAACGUGCCCGUGGUCGGGCCGUAUAUUGGUAUGGUGGUGGAUCGGGUGGGGUUGGGGGAGCGGCGGAAUGCGGAGUUGCCUGUUUAG